CAUCAUGGGAGGAGUAGUUCACAAUUGGUAGCUAGCUAGCUAAGUUUUAAUCUCUCGUUAUCUAACUAAAGCUAGGAUGUAAAUACAGUUUCGGAUACCUGUUAGUUUAACCCAAACAAACUGUAUCUGUGUUCUUAAAUUAAAACCCUCGAAGGUUUUUAAACCCUUUCUUAUAUAUGCUUGCUAACGCUAACGUUAGCAGCAAUUUGCUGGACUGUGGCAGACUGUUGCCCUGGCUUUGUUUUUUGGGAGGAGAAGCAGCAAUUUAGCAUAGCUUUUGCUAGCCACGGCCAAAUAAGCUAGCCCGCCAUCGUUAUUUCUUAUGACACCGACACGUUAUUUUGCCAAAAAUGUCAACUCCGUCAGUGGAUAAAGAACUACAGGAACGGUUGCGCGAGGCGUCUGCUAUCGGAGACAUCGAUGAAGUACGGACUUUAGUGGAGAGUGGUGUUAAUGUAAACUCCCAAAAUGAAAUCAAUGGCUGGACGUGUCUGCAUUGGGCGUGCAAGCGGAACCAAAGGCAUAUUGUUGCCUAUCUUCUCAACUCUGGCGCAGACAAAGAAAUUCUAACUUCAAAAGAUGAGUUAGCGGCCCAGCUAACUUCAAAACCCGAUAUCAGAUCGCUGCUCGGAGUCGAGGAGGAUGAAGUUCCUGAGCUGAAGGAGCCAGAUUUGCCGAUUGUGGCGAGCUACCUCUCCGGCACGCCUUUCGUGUACAGCAAGCCCGACUCGGACGGCCUGGCCCUGGAGCCCUGCGUCACGCACAACGGCGUGGUGGAUAACGGCCACAACUGCCACGGCAACCGCUCCCCCUCGCCUGCACCCUCACCGCCCCGCCCACAGGAGCCCAGCCUGCUCGCCGACACGCGCUCACAGAGAGAGGGCGGCCGCGCGCCCGUCGUCGAGCAGAACGGCCUGUCGCCCAGCGCUCACUGUGCCAUGAACGGGACCCUCUCCCUGGAGCUCUCCGAGUCGCGACCCCAGGUCACCAACACCGCUGUCGCUAGGCAACAGCCCAUUCCCCAGCAGUUUAACUGCGCUCAGGCCGGGGGGUCAGUGCCGGCGUUCCAGCCCUUCUUCUUUACAAGCACCUUCCCGGUCAACGUGCAAGAGUUGGUUUUGAAGGUCAGGAUCCAGAACCCAAACGCGCGGGAAAACGACUUCAUCGAGGUGGAGCUGGACCGCCGGGAGCUGACGUACCGCGCUCUGCUCAGGGUGUGCUGUCGCGAGCUGGACAUCAGCGCCGACCACGUGGAGAAGAUCCGCAAGCUUCCCAACACCAUGCUGAGAAAGGAUAAAGACGUGGCGCGGCUGCAGGACUUCCAGGAGCUGGAGGUGGUGCUGGAGAAAGCGGAGGGCCUGUCGCUGCUCUCCGCCGGGGGGCAGGGGAGCCUGACGGACCGGCCGUGCUACAACAUGAAGGCCUCCCGGCUCACCUACUAACUGCACAGCCACAGCCCUUUACCUCCGACAUGUGUCCUAGUAAUACUCCCUUUGCUUUUAAUUUAACACAUUCCUUGCCUCUUACUUUCCUCCAUGUAUUUCCUGUCAUUCUGCGAGCAUCUGCUCCUGUAAGUGGUCGUGAUCCGCUACAGUGCGCAUCUCCACCGCCCUCGGGGGUGCGUCUCCUGACUCGAAUGAGGCUUUUUGUGGACGGCAUCUCCCCCUGGCUCGUCUGGGUGUGUGGAAAAGGGCGACGGUGGGACAGUUUGCCUUUCCCUCGGUGGAAGAGGUGGCAGUGUGCGCCCCCCCCCGCUCUGAUUACAUAUGAAGCCUAAUAUUUACAGCACAAACCAACGCUAUCCCCCACACCGCCAGAAUGGUGUGGAGUAGUCUCUCCUGUGGAAGUGCUGCCAUGGAAAUGUGUUCAUUGCGAAACGUCGGCAUUCAUUUUGCUCUCAAAUUAGUGCCAGGGCCUGCCACAUUUACAAAAACACGAGUUUGAGAUCAAUCACUGUUGCUUUUGGACCGUAAAAGAGGGCAUUGACUAUGUCUGCUGGACCCGCUAAAGCACUGGAAAUGCGAUACGAUGCAGGAAGCAACCAGCCCGUUUCUCUGUGCGCACCUCUGAUCGGACCAAGAUCAUCUUGCGGUGCCGCCCGGGUGUUAGGCCCACCUCGUACCCUGCGCCUACAGGCAGGUCCGAGUGGUGGAGGUCCCCAUGGUGGAGGUCCCCGUGGUGGAGGUCCCCGUGGUGGAGGUCGCAGUGGUGGAGGUCGCAGUGGUGGAGGUCCCAGUGAUGGAGGUCCCAGUGGUGGAGGUCCCAGUGGUGGAGGUCCCUGUGGUGGAGGUCCCAGUGGGAUACGACGGGCCCAUGGUGCAGCACCCAUCCUGGAGCCUUACAGGAGGCCUCUGGCUUGGUUCCUUUGUUUAAGAUCUGAGAGUGCUGAUUGUCUGAGUUUGCACUAAUUUACUUUCCUUUAAUUACUGUGAUGGUAUGAACAUAGGGUAAAUAUACAUACAUGUAAUGCCAGCAAAAUGUGUCCUUCAAAAUAGAAUAUUCCAAACAAUGUUGUUUUAUUAUGUCUAGAAUUUCUAAUUAUUACUGUGUUAUGUUUAACAAAUGUUAAUAACCAUGUGAUUUCUCAACAAGAGUGAACGCUUUGAAGUGUGAUUAGAUGGGAUAUUUGGUGCACCUCAACCAAAAUUAGUUUUCUAUGGAAAAGCCUGGGGUUUCAGGUUAUGCUAUGACUACAGUUUACAGUUUUGGAGGAAAUGGCAGGUUGUCGUUUUUUAGUUGCGGUUUUGUAUAGCAACACAAAGACUGACUCUUUAGAGUAAAUUCAACAUUAAAGCAUUACGUUUUCAAUCAUUCUUGUUGGGCCCCCCUGGUUAAAUAAGCUAGCUUUCUGAAGUUAUUUUAUUAUUUAAUUUUCAGUAGUUGAUUUUAUUAAGUGGUGGCUGUGUGCUUUGUCCUUAGCUCCUACAUCCACAGCAUGUGCUGUCCUACAAGGAUACAGAAAGAUGUCACAAACAAAAAAAGAAUGAAGUAUUGACAAAUAAAACUGUAUUUGCCUUUAUCAUGCUACAUGAAGUAUGUGUACAUCUGGGUUGAAUAUGCACAGUUAUGAUAAUAAAGGUAAACCACAAACUGAA